AUGGUGUGGGCACAGAUCGACAUCAACAAGCCUCACUUGGUGUAUAUCAUCUUGGGAGGCUUCACCAGCAUAUUCAUGUUAUGCUCCUCCAUCAUCAAGGAAAGAUUGUACAUUGGUGAAGCCACAGUGGCCACCCUGUGCGGCAUCAUAUUCGGACCGCAUGCUGCCAACCUCAUCGACCCCUCGACAUGGGGUAACGUCGACCAGAUCACCCUCGAGUUCUCCCGCAUUGUCCUGGUCGUGCAAUGCUUCGCCGUCGGUGUCGAAUUGCCUAAGGCAUACAUGGAACGCCACUGGAGGUCCGUUGUGUUCUUGCUUAUACCCGUCAUGACUUUCGGCUGGCUGAUCACAAGUCUCUUCAUCUGGGGCUUGUUCAUGCCUUCUCUAAACUGGUUGGACAGCUUGGUCGUCGCAGCAUGCGUUACAGCCACCGAUCCCGUCCUUGCUUCUUCGGUCGUUGGUAAAGGCAAGUUUGCGAAGCGUGUGCCGAAGCAUCUUCGUGAUCUACUUUCAGCAGAGUCUGGUUGUAACGAUGGCAUGGCCUUCCCUUUCAUCUACCUCGGCUUUUACAUCAUGGAAUUUCGCCACGAACCGAGCGGCGUUGCUGAGCACUGGAUCCUAUACACUAUCCUGUACGAGUGCGUUUUCGGAGCUGUCUAUGGCGUUGCAGUCGGCUACAUCGCACGACGCCUGAUCAGAUAUGCACACGAGAAAGACUGGGUCGACCGCGAAUCUUUCCUCGUGUUCUAUUUCGUCCUCGCACUCUUCUGUGCCGGAUCUGGCUCGAUCCUUGGUAUCGACGAUUUACUUGUCGGCUUCGCUUGUGGUGUAGGGUUCAGUAACGAUGGCUGGUUCACGGAGAAGACUGAGGAGUCUCACGUAUCCAACGUCAUUGACUUGCUGAUCAACUUGGCAUUCUUUGUAUACUUCGGUACGAUCAUCCCAUGGGCGCAAUUCAAUGCGCACUUUCUGAACUUGGACGCUUGGCGAUUUGUGGUACUUGGUGUGUUGGUCAUACUUUUCCGGCGUAUACCGAUUAUGAUGGCAUUAAAACCACUCAUACCGGAUGUCAAGACAUGGCGAGAAGCUUUAUUCGCUGGCCACUUUGGUCCUAUCGGUGUGGGUGCCAUCUUUGUGGCUAUCUUGGCACGUGGAGAAUUAGAGUCACAUUUCGAGACUACCACGCCAUUGGCAGUACUGCCUGAGGAGGGCUUCGAGCACUGGAACGUAAUCGAAGUCAUCUGGCCGAUCACCUGCUUCCUCGUCAUCAUCUCGAUCGCAGUUCAUGGUUCUUCGAUUGCUGUGUUUACGCUCGGCAAACACAUCAACACAUUGACCCUCACCAUGUCAUACACGCAGGCCAACGAGACCUCCUGGAUGGAGCGCCUGCCACGCAUCCAAUCGCGAUCAAGGAGCUCCAUGUCUUUGCAGGGCGAUGACUCCGAGCUUGACGAGAAGGAUCGGGCAAACUAUCCACCUGGUAUGCUCCCACCAAUUGGCUCCAACGGUAACUUCCUGCGAAGGCAGAAGGAAGAGGACAAUCCUAGUAGGAAUGCGAGUCGCGCUUCGAGCAGAACACGAUCCAGGCGUAGUAGAAAGUGGGAUGGCGGCCAAGGUCCGGGUGGUCCUAUCAGCCAGUCUGCUAUCGCGCCCGCACCUCGGCAAGAAUUCGAGGAGCCAUGGAGCCGAAGUGAUUCUGAGACAUUGGCUGCAAAGAGCGAGUCGCCUCGAGACUCAGACGAUGCCAAGCAGGAGGCUAAGCCUGUCAAGCACAAGCGUAACAGCAACCCAGAGCACGAGGAUGAGAAUUCCGAGACUGGUGAGAUCUUUGAAGAGGGUCAUGAGACUGUGUACGAGGAUGAGGAAGGCAACGUCCUGGCUGUUGAAGACAGUAGAGAUGAGCACGCGGAUGAGGGACAGCAGGCACGUGAGGACUUCGAAGCGAAGGAGGGCAGACGACUUAUGCAUGAGAAGCAUGGUGAUCAUGGGCAUGGUACCGGGCACGAAAAUCAUGAGCCAGAUGAAGAGGCCAGUGAUGCCGUCAACGAAGGCUGGAAGAAGCCCGAAGCUACCGAGAGCAAAGCACCUGCUCGUCCAGGUGAAAAGUGGCGCAAGGGUAUGACCAAAAUGAGCACAGUAAGGAACAUGGCUAGUCUCCUCAAGCGCAACGAUGAUGAGGAGGGCAAGCAGAAACCGAAAGCUGAAGAGACUAAAAAGCACGGGCCUGCGCGCGCUUACCAGUACGGCAACACCAUCAUCGUCGAAGAUGAAGAUGGUGAAGUCAUCAAGAAGUACGACAUCCCUGCUCCAGAGAAGAAGCCAGGUGGUGCUGCUAAUCCAGCCAAAUCACACCUUCGUCUCGGCAACAUGAGUAAGAUGCUUGGUGUCGGCAAGGGAGGGCCAAAGGCUGCUGAGGAGGGCGAGAGUGCUGCUGCUGCCGCGAAUGAAGAGAACAGGAGUAGGCCUGUCAGACCUGGAGCUGAUAGGCGUGAGAGUACUAGGCAAGCUGAGGAGGCUGACGAUGCUGGCUUGCGUUUCACCAUCGCGACAGGCAAUGGCAGGCGCAUGAGUAAGGCUGAGUUCAUUGAUCAGAUUCGACAGAUGGAUCCGAGGUCGCGAGUACAGGUCGUGGAGGAGAGCGAUGCUCCGGAAGCCAUCAAGAAGGAAGCGCGAAAAGACGCUCGCGAACAAGCGAGUGGUUCCAAAGCUGCUCAAGAGCCGAGUGUGCCCGUCGUGGCUGAAGGCGCCGAGGAACCAGAAGCCCAGACCCAGGGACAUCGACCCAGCCAAGCGGCUCUGCAUCCCGUGACAAGUAAUGAAGAAGGCGAACUCAAACUCGUCAACUCGAACGAGGAGGAAGUCCCUUUCCACGACGUCAAUGCCGACCUGCGGAAGAUGCGCAUGGGAUCGCCUACAGGGGAAACGGCAGCCGAGCGCCGUCGUCGACAAGCGCUCACGCAACCACGGCAAGACGAGGAGGACUCGGAGGAUGACGGCACAGACCGUGUACCACCUCCUGCUCGCGCUGGUCCGUCUCGUGAGCGAAGUGACUACUUUGGUGGCGCUGCACCGGAACGUGGUCGCAUUGGCAAUACCAACAACGACAGUGGCAAACCUCGACAAGGCCAUCGCGGAAGCGAACAAAACGAGACGGCUGCUGAGAGGCGGAGGCGUGAAGGCGCGUUGGGUUUGAGAGAGGAGCCCGAGAGCGAUAGUGAGGAGGAGGAUGUGCCAAGAGCUGCGCCGGCGGCUAAGCAGGGGAUUCGCUUUGCGGACGAGGCGCCUGUUAGAGAUCCGGGUCAGGAGGGGAAUGGGAAGGGGAGGAAUACUACGCUUAGGUGGGGGAGGGAUGUUGGGCGGUGA